UAUUUUGUACAACACGCACAAUUAAGAAAUAAUUUGUAUAAAUCCCGCGAGAGUUUGGCAAAUCAAGGAUAACCAUGCAGUCAGGAGACUAUCAGAGAGACUAGAAAACAAUAACUGUGACUUUUUCAAAGCUUUGUGUGAAAUGGCAGGGCAAUUAAAAGACAAAGAAGCUUACCAGCGACUGAACUAUCUGUACCAGGCUGCACAUUGUGUUUUAUCCCAAAACCCGGAAAAUGUAGAGUUGGCUCGUUUCUACUGCUUCACCCAGAAGACCAUAGCAAGACGUUUAGUUCUUAGACAGGACCCAUCAGUGAAAAGAACAUUAUGCAAGAAGUGCUGCUCAUUGCUCAUCCCCGGUGUAACUGCUACAACAAGACAAAGAAGAAAAAAUAGAAAGACUCGCUUCACUGUGGUGAAGUGUCUCCUUUGUGGGCAGAGCAAGACAUUAUUGAAUAACCCAGAUUAUUGUCUGUGGGUAGACCGACCCGAGGCCCAGCUACAGCAACAAAAGCAGCCAGAUCGAGGCCCCUCUGUUAAAAAUCAGCCGAAAGACUCAGAUCCUGAUAAGUCUGCAUCUUCUACACCCAGUACGAGUACUGCUGGGACAUAACCGCAUUUCUCCUCUCCUGAGUGUCAAAUACUGGAUCCAUUUUUUUCUUCUUUCUUUUGGGUACAUUAUGUGUAGCUUUGUUAUAUAUUUCAUAAAUUGAAGCAACUAGUCUGAUUUAG